AUGCCCCGAAAGAACGGUACCCCAGGAUUACCGCUCGAUGACAAGAAUCGCCCAGUGGUGGUGCUCCGCCAAGGCAAAAUCGUAGGCCUGGAGCUCGAAGCGGGAUAUCCCCAGAUCCUCGAAGCGUUUCGAGGGGUUCCGUACGCUCAAUCCACAGGCGGCGAGAGACGGUUUAUGGACCCGUUGCCGGUCAAUGCUUCGGAUGAGGUGUUUGAUGCGUCGCUAUUCGGGGAUGUGUGUCCAGCGGGCCCGGCGACGUCGGGUGCUCAGAGUGAGGAUUGUCUUAAUGCCAAUAUUUAUAGGCCGAAAGAGAAGGGUGGGAAUUUGAGGUUACCGGUUGUUGUCCAUUUCCAUGGAGGGUCGUUUAAUUUUGGGGCGGGCGAUAGCUCGAGGUCUUUGUCUCAUUUUGUGGCGUGGAGUAUGGAGCCGAUGAUUGCUGUUGGGUUUAAUUAUCGGGUUGGGGCUUUUGGGUUCUUGUCGUCGAAGAUUAUGGCGAAGGCUGGGCUGUUGAAUGCUGGGUUGAAGGAUCAGGUGCUUUUGAUGGAGUGGGUGAAGGAGAAUAUUGCUGCCUUUGGGGGUGAUCCGGACAAUGUGACUCUCAUGGGGAGUAGUGCUGGAGCACAUUCAAUCGGCCACCACCUCCUCCACAAACCAGACAUCGCACCACCCUUCCACAGAGCAAUCCUCGAAUCCGGAGCCCCCACCGCCCGAGCCGUCUAUUCCUACUCUAACCCCCUCCACGAGAAACAGUUCCGCGACUUCCUCCAAAAACUAAACCUAGCCUCCACCCCAGAGAAGGACCUCCUGCCCGCCCUCCGCAAAAUCUCCACCUCAGAAUUUAAAAAGGCCUCCGAAGCCAUCUUCAACAAAUACAACCCCUCCCUCCGCUGGCCCUUCCAACCCGUCAUCGACGGUCCCGGCGGCCUCAUCCCGGUUGCUCCCAUUCACUCUUUAAAAGCGGGCAAAUUCCACAAAGUGCCCAUCUUAACAGGCUUCAAUACUAACGAAGGCGCCAUGUUCGUCCCCAAAUCCGCCGAAACGGGCAAGCAGUUCACGGAAUUCUUUCGGAACCUCCUUCCCGGGCUUAGAGAACUAGAUCUAGAGAAACUAAACGAGCUAUACCCGGAUCCGAAUCUAGACGAAGAGUCCAAGUACCUCGAGACUCGAGAGGGUCUCGGGAAACAAUUUCUGCGGCUCGAGCAAGCGUAUGGACAAUUUGCCUACGUAGCGCCUGUUCGGCAGACUGCUCGCUAUUUCUCGGACGUCAAAGGAGAUGGGAUAUUUGGCCAUGAUGGCCCAGAGGUUUACCUGUAUCAUUUUGCGGCGAGGAGUUCGGUGAAGGGCGGCGCGGAUCAUGGGUCUCAUAUCCCGUGGGUUAAUUACGUGCCGGAGAGGAGGGAUAAGGGCGGGGUGGUGGAUGAGAUUUCGGGGUGUAUGCAUGCUUACUGGACGAGUUUUGUGACGAGUGGGGAUCCGAAUGCGGUAGAGGGGAUGUGGGCGGGGAGAGCGAAGUGGCCGGUGUAUCAGGGGGGAAGUGACGAGGCGAGGGUGCUGGUUUUUGGGGAGGGGAAUGAUGAGUUAGCGGGUGGGCAUCGGGAGGGGGUUGGGGUGCAGGUUAGGGAUGAUGGGUUUGCGGCGGAGGAGAGUCGGUUUUGGUGGGGGAGGACGGAGUUGUUUGAGUUUUGA